AUACAGAAAGCGAUUGUGUAAGCGACGAUAGGUUAUAUAUUAAGAAGCAGAGCAUUUUGCAACACAAACUGACCACGAUGUUGGCGACCGCGACGUUUUUAGCUGUACUCGUAUUGGCAGCGAGUGAAGCCACGAACAAAGACCCCCACUUUGUUCCUGGCCACGAUACCAUCGUGCAUCUUUUCGAAUGGAAAUGGAACGACAUUGCAAAGGAAUGCGAAAGAUUUCUUGGGCCAAUGGGAUACGGUGGAGUGCAGGUAUCACCAUUGCAAGAGAAUCUGGUGAUCGCUAACAGGCCAUGGUGGGAACGUUACCAACCAAUUUCCUACUUUUGGACUACGCGAUCCGGCACGAAAGAAGAAUUUAUGAAUAUGGUAGCAAGAUGCAACGAAGCUGGUGUCCGAAUUUACGUAGACGCUAUCCUGAAUCACAUGUCCGGCAAUUUGAACAAUGCUCAUGGCACUGGAAUCUCCAGAGCAGACACGUACCACUACGAAUAUUAUCAAGUGCCUUAUCACGCUCAACAUUUCCAUAAACCUUGCUCGGUUAACAACUACAACGAUCCAGAGAACGUGCGAAAUUGCGAACUGACUGGUCUUCAUGAUUUGGAUCAGAGUCAAGAAUACGUCAGAUCGAAGCUGGUGAAUUUCUUGAACGAAGCUGUCGACGCUGGUGUUGCUGGCUUCCGAAUCGACGCUGCCAAGCACAUGUGGCCAAGCGACUUGAACAUCAUUUACUCGAGAAUAAAGAACCUGAACACUCAGCAUGGUUUCCCUCCAAAUUCCAAGCCAUACAUAUACCAAGAAGUGAUCGAUUAUGGCGGCGAGGCAAUUUCUAAACGCGAGUACAACCAACAGGCUGUGGUGAUUGAGUUCAAAUACGCCUUCGAACUCUCCAACUCGUUCCGGGGUAACAAUCUUUUGAAAUGGUUCGUCAAUUUUGGAGAAGAAUGGGGUCUUUUACCCUCUCACGAUGCCCUCGUUUUCGUCGAUAAUCACGACACACAACGUGACAAUAAUCAAAUACUCACUUACAAAUCAUCAAAACUGUAUAAGAUGGCGGUCGCCUUCAUGUUAGCCCACCCCUUCGGUACACCGCGGGUGAUGAGUUCCUUCGACUUCCAAAACAAGGAUCAAGGACCACCUCAUGAUGGCAAUGGCAAUAUCAUAUCUGCAACUAUCAAACCAGACGAUAGUUGCGGCAAUGGUUGGAUCUGUGAACACCGUUGGAGGCAAAUUUACAACAUGGUUCGCUUCCGCAAUGCAGUUAAAGGAACGAGCAUUAAGAACUGGUGGGACAAUGGCAGCAAUCAGAUUGCAUUCUGUCGUGGAAAUUCUGGAUUUGUUGCGUUUAACAAUGACCGAAAUGAUUUGAGAGCCACCCUUAAGACCUGCUUGCCUCCUGGUCAAUAUUGUGACGUGAUUUCUGGUAACUUGGAGAAUAGAAGAUGCACUGGAAAGGUUGUUAACGUGCAACAGAAUGGCGAUGCUUAUAUCAAAAUCUCUAAAGGAGAGGAGGAUGGAGUUCUUGCUAUUCACGUUGGGGCUAAACUGUAAACGAGUACGAAGUCAAUUACCAUGAAUGUCGAAAGACACGAACAAGGAUGCUGAAAUUCGCAUUAUAUUAAGCGAUGUCUCCUGUUAGUAUGACAUGGAUUGAUCUAACGUACAAUUACACGCGGACGCAUCUUGUAAUCAAAGAAACAUUGUACCUACUUUAUGAGAAUAAAUAAUUGUUAUUCAAAGUU